AUGAAUAACUCUUCCAAAUUAUGCUGUAAGACUUUUCGUCUCAUUGACAAGAUUGUUAAGAGAGCCUCCUUGCAGGUUUUAGGUCAGUGGGGGUAUCACUGUCAGGAGCCCAGGAUUUACAGAACACUAGCAACAAUUCUGAGGUAUGUCGACGUGGACGGGUCCGACAUACCCCUCACAGAGUAUGUUGCAUUUGUGGGAAAAUCAGGACACCGCUUUGAACUCAGUUUUAAUCUUGAGUUUACUGAAAUAUGUGUGAAUACAAUUCUGUACUGGGUUUUUGCCAGAAAAGGUAAUCCUGACUUUGUGGAAUUGCUUCUCAAGAAGACCAAAGACUAUGUUCAAGACAGAAGCUGCAACCUGGCCCUUAUAUGGAGAGCCUUCACACCAGUGUACUGCCCAAGCCCACUGAGUGGCAUCACACCUCUGCUCUAUGUGGCUCAGACAAGACAGUCGAAAAUCUUAAACAUUCUCCUGCAGUACGGUAUCUUAGAAAGAGAAAAAAGUCCUACCAACAUUGUACUAACAAUACUACUCUACCCUUCAAGAGUGAGAAUAAUGGUAGAUCAUGAAUUACUCAGCAUCCAAGAAGGUGCCAAGACCCGCCUGAGGCUCUGCUCAGCUUCCGUCUCAGUCAGGGAGAUGGAGACACAGCUGAGUUUAGGAAGACAUCCAAUUAUUCAAAAUUGGUUGGACUACAUUCCUUCAAUAAGAUACAAAGAUCCAUGUGAACUCAUACAUCUGUGCAGAAUGACCAUCAGAACUCAGCUGCUGGCCAGGAAUAUGCUCCCCAAUGGAAUAUUUUCACUUCUUAUUCCAGCUCGUCUACAGAACUUUCUGAAUUUAGAAAGCUAA